UGGCGGAGUUGCGUGACGUCAGUGCCAAGAUCGCUCGUUGAGUGAACCGCUAGUGUUCUGUCUCUUGUGUUGUGGUCUGGCGAAGCGACAGAAUUUUUGAGGAUGUCAUACGCGUACCUAUUCAAAUACAUUAUAAUUGGAGAUACAGGAGUGGGAAAGUCCUGCCUUCUGCUGCAGUUCACAGAUAAGCGAUUCCAGCCUGUACAUGACCUUACGAUUGGAGUUGAGUUUGGUGCCCGCAUGAUCACAAUUGAUGGAAAGCAGAUCAAGCUGCAAAUUUGGGAUACGGCUGGCCAAGAAGCAUUUCGCUCAAUCACCCGAUCCUACUACAGGGGAGCAGCUGGAGCUCUCCUUGUGUAUGACAUCACACGAAGGGACACCUUCAACCAUCUGACCACCUGGUUGGAGGAUGCUCGCCAGCACUCCAACUCCAACAUGGUAAUCAUGCUCAUUGGGAACAAGAGUGACUUGGAAACUCGGAGGGAAGUGAAGAAGGAAGAGGGGGAGGCCUUCGCUCGUGAGCAUGGCCUUAUCUUCAUGGAGACUUCAGCCAAGACUGCAGCCAACGUUGAGGAGGCUUUCAUCAACACAGCCAAGGAGAUUUAUGAAAAGAUUCAGGAAGGUGUCUUUGACAUAAACAAUGAGGCCAACGGCAUCAAGAUUGGUCCCCAACAUUCUCCGACCAGUCCCAGCAUGCCGUCAAGUGGUGGUGGAGCAAGUGCCGGUGGUGGCUGCUGCUGAGCAGCAUGCACCUUAAAUGAAAAAUGGCUCGCAGUGAGCGUUUUUUCUUUGCAAACACCGAUACACACGUACAUAUAUAAUGUAAAAGUACAUGUGUGCAUGUGUGUGUACAUACACAGAAGGUAUCUAUAUACAUGUACUAUUAAUAAGUCUCGAUCGGUGUAUACACAGCAUGCAGAAGAAAAUACUGGGACGCUUGGGAAUGGGAAGGAAAAAGUAUUUUCUCUUGUUUUUUUUUCUUGCAGCUCCCAGCACUUUUUUUUGCUUGUUUGAUGUGUGCUUCAACUUUGCACCUACUUCUGUAAAAAUUAUCACUUGUGAGCUUCUGUAUGAGUGUGCAGUCUCAGCCAAAAAAAAAAAAAAGGUAUUUGCACUAAUAGUGUCUUCUUGGCUGUGAGAAAAACUGUGACAUCUUGGAAAAAAUAAAGCCAAAGUUUCAAAGGGGCAUGUGCAAAAACUGCUCAUUUUAUGUACAUUUAUGCCUUGCUUUUCUAGGGUGCAUUCCCAAGUAGAAAAUGUUCAGCCUCUGCUUCUCAAUUGCUCCUUUGCUAGUGCUGUUGCAGAACCUUACACUCACUUUUUUUUUCUCUCUCUCCUUUUUCCAAAACAGUUCUUUGUUUGAUCUGAGUCACUAUUUUUUGUGAUGCAGUACUAGUCAUAAACAUUCCCCACUCUCUACUAGUUUAUUGUGCGACAUGGAAUUGGGUCAAGAACUGCUUUUAUGUCCAGCAUACAGGCGGCAGCCUUUCAUGGUCCAUGAACUUCUUGUGAGCUGAUGCAGGAAGCACAAAAAUUUGUUGUCUUUGCUAUUUAUACUUUAUGCUUGCCAAGUGUACAUAUUGUUUUUCAAUUGCAAAGAUUCGAUAAAGGCUUGUGUGACUGUGCUACAUGACGCUCUUCGAAGGUAGCUUGGGCGAUUGUUGCAGUGAGUUGAAAAGAAAGUUUUUAUGAAAAGUGUGUGAUGUAUCGGUACUGGCGUUUUUUCCCGUGCUUAAUCCUGUUAGCUGGCAUACUUGUCUGUUUGGAAUAAAUUGGUUUUAACCUAAGA